UGAUGAGGAUGAUCGUUGAUGCGGGUAAUCGGUGAUGCUGGUGAUCGGUGAUGCUGAUGAUCGGUGAUGCGGCUGAUCGGUGAUGCUGGUGAUCGGUGAUGCUGAUGAUCGGUGAUGCGGGUGAUCGGUGAUGCGGCUGAUCGGUGAUGCUGUGUACGGAUGGUAUCGGGGCUGGGCCGGUGACUGAUCGGUGAGAUCCCCGGUGUCGGUGCCGUUCGGUCCGGGGAGGGAUGAGCCGCAGGUCCCGGUAUAAUGGGCGGGAGGCGGCUCCGGUGAUGUCACUGUUUUCUCCAGUCAGAGGAGGCGCCGCGGCUGUCAGAGCUUCUCCGGGCAUGGAUGAGGGAGCUGCGGGCGGCGGGAGACGGGACCAGACGGUGGGUGAUUCCUCGGAGCUCGCAGUGACGGUACUAUUUGUGAGGUAUUACUUGGCUGGGGUCCAUCCUGUCUGCAGGGAUAUAGAGGCGGUAUACAGCUCUGGCGGAGGAGAAUAAUCGGUAACUCUCGCGCUGCAGUCGGAUGUGGAGUCUCCUGGAUUAUGAGCUGGAAUGUUAAUGAGGAGAUGUGGCGGUGAUGUUGGUCAGGAGGUGGCGGUGAUGUUGGUCAGGAGGUGGCGGUGACUAUGACGGGCCCUCGGCCUCCUCGUCUCUGCUCUUCAGUCAUGUUGGGGAUAUGGAGAUUUUCCUGAAGUAUUUGUGCAGCUCUGAGGAUCUGCUGGACUGAGGACCCUUCAGGAUCAGCGCAGAGCCGCAUUAAGAUGGCAUUAUCGGAUUGUUCGGUUAUCAUUGCCGCCAUUUUGCUUCCGACAUUCCUGACUCUUCACGCUCAUGCCUGCCCAGCCGAAUGCCGCUGUUAUAGUAUGACCGUAGAGUGUGGGUCCAAGGGUCUGAAGAAUAUUCCAGCCAACAUCCACUCCUCCACUCAGACUGUGUUCCUGCAGGAUAAUGCAAUAUCUCAGAUCCAGCAGCAGGACUUGUCUCCUUUAUCGGGCCUCCAGUAUUUGUAUAUCCAGAAUAACACCAUCUCUGGCCUGGAGCCCGGAGCCUUCAAAGCUCAGCAGCAUCUGGUGGAACUUGCUUUGAAUGGCAACCGCAUCCACCUGAUCAACAGCAGCAUCUUCAAAGGGCUGGAGCACCUGAGGGUCCUGUACCUGGCCGGAAACCAGAUCACCCGACUGCUGGCGUACACGUUCUCUGACCUACAGAGACUUCAAGAGCUGCAUUUGCAGGAGAACAACAUAGAGACCCUCCAGGAGCAGGCCUUCUCCGGACUAUCCUCCCUGGCCCUGCUCGACCUCAGCAAGAACAAUCUGCGGACCAUAAGUCGUGCAACGCUCCGGCCUCUGAUCAGCCUGCAGGUGCUGCGACUGACAGAAAACCCUUGGAGAUGUGACUGUGCCCUCCAUUGGCUCCGGACAUGGAUGAGAGAAGAAGGCAAACGUCUUCUAACCUCUUUUGACAAGAAACUCAUCUGUUCGGAACCGCCAAGAUUAUCCCACCAGAGUCUUCUGGAGAUCUCCAGUAACAGCCUGGUCUGUAUCCCUCCCGUAGUCCUUGUAGACCCCAUGGAGAUAACCGCUCGACUAGGGGAUGAGCUUCGUGUCUCCUGUCGAGCUACCGGAUAUCCUCAGCCGCUGGUUACUUGGAGGAAAGUCGCCCACGCUCGCACUAGUCCACCCAGAGGUAAUCUGAAGUCUGCCAACAGCAGGACCUUUGAGCUGAGUGAGAGAAGCGUUGGGGAGCAGUUUGACUCGGACACAGGAAGCGGCAUGCUCUUACUGAAUAAUAUCACCAUGUCUCACGCUGGGAAGUACGAAUGCGUGGCGUCUAAUCCCGGGGGAACAGCUAAAGUCUUGUUUCACUUGACGGUCAACCUGUCCAACCAGCAGUCUCGCUCGUACACGACUGUGGAUAUCAGCCAGGAGCCUCUGUAUGACAUGGAGAGCAUGGAGUUCACCGCACUCAGCAUGGCUACGCAGACAGCCAUCGCCAUUGGCAUCUCCUUGCUGGCCAUGACUGCCAUGCUUCUAAUUGUCAUGAUCUACAGAAAGCACCACAAGAGAAAAAAGUCCAAAAAAGAGGAGAACAUCCUGUACGUGAAUGACUAUUCCGACGGGCCGACCACCUUCGCCCAACUGGAAGAGUACAGGGAUGAAUGUGGACACGAGAUGUUUGUCAUAGACAGGAAUAAGGCCCAUUUCCCAACCUACAAGGACCCGGAAGGGCUGAGCAGCUUCACUGGUCUGACGGAGCUGACCGACGACCUACAGGACCAAGGAACUCAGACGCUGGAGGAGGAGGCAGAGCGGCAGAUCAAUGACAUUUUCAUGAACCAGGGCUUUCUGUUCCAGCAGCAGAUCGCGUAUGAAAUACACUGCUGAAGAACAAUUUGUUUCGAUGUGCUAAAGGUUGUGAUGUGUGUGUGUGGGGGGAGGGGUGGGUGAAGAAAUAACUGCUGCAAAUUUUAAUACCGCUUCUAUUUUAUACAGAACGAUAAGUCACACCGUUCCACGCGGGCCGCACAGCCUGCCCCUCCGGGAGCUUUGUUUUUUUUCCUCUUUUUUAGCUGGUAGAGACUUCAUGGCCGUCUUGGUUGGUGGAGCAGAGGUGACGCGCGACCUGUGGCAGACCUGACAGCCUUCCCGAGGAGUUCUCAAACAUAUCCUCCACCCCCCGGCUGUCACUGGUAGCAUUUUAUUAUCGCUGUCUGACACCUCCAGGAGGCAGGAGACAAGAAGCCGGGAUGUUGUAGAAGGUUCACCGUGCUCUGCGGCGUGGCUGUCAGCGCACACGUCUUCACAUGGAAGGACUUGUAAUGUCUUUCAUUAGCGAGCGGCGGGAAGAGAUGUGAGCGGGAAACGGGCCCUGACGGGGAGACAUAACGCGCGUCACAUGACAAAUCCUUCUCCUGUCACUUCAUAACAUCUCAAAUCUUCAUCCAGGUUGAGAAGAAGGUUCCGGUCCUGUAGGGAUCUGUUCACAUGUCAGAGGCGAUAGGAUGCGAAGCACAUUUCAUGGGAAAUUUCCCCCGAGGAUUUUUUGUUGCAGGUUUCCAAUGUUCAUAGUCUGGAUUAUACAAUAGUCAGCGCUGCCGAAAAGUAUUCGCCCCUUCCCUGAAUUUACUCUUUGGUUAUUUUGUCACUUAAAGGGGUACUCCGGUGAAAAACUUUUUUUUUUUUAAUCAACUGGUGCCAGAAAGUUAAACAGAUUUGUAAAUUACUC